CACACUCUCCACUGUGCCACCUAGCUGCCUCCUAAUGGCAAGAGUUGAGACUACAUUCCAGGCAUAGAGGACUAUUCAAGUAUAGGGGCAGGAGAAAGCAGGUUUGAGAUCAAUCAAGCAACAAGCAUUAAUUAAUGGCUUAUUGUGUGCCAGCCACCAUGCCAGGCUUUGCCCUACAAAGAAGGGCAAAGCAGCCAUUGGUUUAGUUUGUCUGGAGCAUAAGCCUAUACAAAGGGGAGGAACGUCCAGUAACGUUGGAAAGGUCCUUUCCAGCUUGAACAGUCUACAGCCAUACCUUUCUGUCUCAUCCAAGGCUCACUUAGCAAGAUGGCAUCUGCUGCCCCUCGAGGUCACAACUGGACACAUUCUCAGCCAGCUGCAGAUGAAGAUAGUGAGGACCCCGUGGAUCAGAUGAUCUCACGAACAGGUUGCAUGGCCUUUCACCACGCUGUGCAGGAGUGUAUGGCUGAGCACCAAGACUGGAGGAAGUGCCAGGACCAAGUUAAGGCCUUCAGGGAGUGCAUGAGCCAGUACCAGAAGCACAGACUGGAAGAGCUGCAGAGGAAGCAGAAGCAGGUCCCUACUGACGGCUGAAACACCCAGAGAACUAGCCUAAGGAGGCGGACACCUACCUAACUCAGUAUGACAGUAAGGUCCUGGGAAACAGAAGAUCUGAACAUAUGGAGGGUGCUCCUAGAGAGAAGACAACUCAGAACAGCCAAUUCAAUUCAAUGCAAAUUAACCAAUGUUUAUUAAGCAGAUACUGGGUUAGAAUCCAGUACUUAGGGGAAUAAGAGGGAGAUGAGGAGGGAGAAAUGUGCUAAAGAGGCCUCUUAAAGACUCUUACCCAUACCAUGUCCCUGUGCCCAGGACUAUGUUGAUUCUUUGGAAAUUUAAAUAAGGAAUAAAUUCAUAACCCAAAA